CAUGACUAUUUUGAUCACCAUUUGCAACAUGGCGGACGAUAUUGACACCUUCAAUCCUUUUGAGAACGAAAAACAUGAUGAUGGUCCCAGAGAAGAACAAGCUGUUUUACCAGAUGUAAGCCCGAAGACUUAACUUGUGUUAUUUUACUAGCACAAUCAAAAAAUGUUUUAUUGUUUUGGGUCAUUUUUGCCACGUAAACCCGUUAAUCGUGGAUUUUGGCUUUUUAUUACGUUUAACCAUAUCGUGAUCUUUCAUCAAAAGGUCAUCAUGAAAUUUACUCAACUCUUCUAUCUUUUUGUACUCAAAGCGUCAGGCAAGAUUCGUGCAUGCGACGCUAGUUUCUGCUCCUUUUGUUCAAUUAAAGCCCAACAAUAUACUUCGCAUAAUGGUGUUCAACUUGGAAUAAUUUAAUACAUUGAGCAUUUAAUUUGAAAUAAUUCGGUGUGGUAUAAAGUUUGUGUCCAGACAUGUGACGGAGUUUUUGUUUGAACUUCGCUUUGAUUUGGGUUUGUAUUCUAUGUACAAUUUAACCAUUUAACCUCAAAUUCUCUCAAGUGGAGAAAUUGCGUUGCUGUUUAUUUGAGGUUGAGUGCCUAGGCAGAUAAAUAAAGCAUCUGUACCAAUUUGUAUUGAGAACACAAUUUAUUGCUUAUUUUAUUUUCAUGAUCUUUUUUUAGAGUCCUGGAGGAGAAGAUCACUUAGAACAUUCCAUUUACUUAGACACUUCUUCAGCAGAUAAAAAUACACCUUUCCUGGAGUCUUUUAAGAUUGGAGGUUAUGAUGAUGUAGGCCAAGUGAAGGAUUUAAACGUGACAGUUGAUGAUCCAGAAAAACAUGUGGGUGGCUAUGUCAGUUAUAGUGUUACAACAAAGGUUGGUAUCUACAUAUUUUGUGUGUAAUAGUAGAGGAACAGAUUGCAAAGGCUAACUUUUGUUUUUAGGAAUAACAACAUUGACUGAGCUGAGGGAAGUUAACGUUUCCACUCCCAAGAUUUUAUCAGUAAUCCUCCUAGCUGUCUGUUUUAAAAAUUUCAUGAAGUUAGUAGGGAGAAUUGGGGGUAAAAUUUCCGCAUAGUCCCAUCCUAUUGUAAAACAAAUCUGUUUUCCCAAUGGCAAUGUAUUGUUUUUGUCAUUGUUUUCUCUGUCCAAGAACUGAAUGCAUAAUGUAGUAUGGGGCUGUGCGGAAAUUUUACCGAAUUGGGUAUUGGAGCAACUGAUAAUCCCCUUAUUGAUAUCAUUUUUUUCUCAUCACUUGUUUACUUGAUAUUGUAAUCAUAUCAUUAGGAAAAAUUCUGUCUCAUCGCAUUAGAGUAGAAUACUAUUUGGGCCAUUGAAAGUUAAGCUUACAGUUCUGCAAGGUAGCCAGAGAAUCCACUUUCUCUAAUACCUAGGCUACUGAACACAAGUCAAGAUCCUUAAAAUCCUUUACUUUUUUUUCAACACAGACUACAAGGGGACAGUUUGAUCACCCAGAAUACAGUGUUAGAAGAAGAUAUCAAGACUUCUUGUGGCUGAGACACAGAUUAGAAGAGAGUUACCCUACACACAUCAUCCCUGUAAGUGUAUCAUCCCCUUAACCCUUAAACUCCCUGAUCAAUUUGCCAUUCUCCUUACUGUCAACCAUACAAUUUUUGCAAUGUUAGUUCAGAGAAUUAAGUAUUGGAUCAACUUAUUAUCCCCAAAUUGAUAUUUUUCUUUAUUCUCAUCACUUAUCUUAUGGCUGUUGUGUUGAUAUUUUGCAAGGAGAAAUUCUGUCUUGAUCACUCAUGGGAGUUGAAGGGUUAAAUCACAAUCCAGAAAGUUUCAUAGCCUGUAGGCAGGCCUUCAUUAUUAGCAUUCUGACACAAACAUUUAUUUGGGAGGGAGGGCCUGGGCAAUGCAAGCCUGUAAGAGGUCUGGCAAAUGUCCUCCAACUUGUCUCAAAUCUUCCCGCACACAUAGGAACGCAUUUAUUUUACUUGUUGGGACCACAAUCUUGCUUGUUGGAAAAACCUGACUACAACAAUUACAGGGUAAGAAGAGGGAGUCACUUGGAAAUUAAUGGCCACACUUCGUGUGUGCAAUCAAUGCAACUGUAAUUAACUCAAAAUUAUGUUUGUUUUACUUUCUGCAUGCAAAAUUUAAUUUUUUAUGGGCACCAAAGUUAUUACACAUGGAAAAACAGUUAUAUGUCCAAAGUCAGGUAAAAGGAGAAUUUAUUGCCACAUUGUUUUGGUGCCCGAUCAGACAAGUAAGGUCAUUUGUAGUCCAAUCACUGGACGAGACAUUUAGACAGCCCAAAAUUCCUUCCCUGAUUGUUGAACAGAACUUUGGCUUUUUGUCUGUGGUCUGUAUUCUCAAUUAUUUUAAAAUUAUUGCAUUUGUGUUGAAAAGGAGAUCUUUUCCUACUUUAUUGUUACAAGCAGAAUCAGAGGGAAAAUUUUUCUGUUUAUCUUUACAGUGAUAACCUGUCACUAACUGCAAUCUUAUUGUGAUUUAUUAUCCUUCCAGCCACUCCCAGAGAAGCAUUCAUUUACAAAGCACUUUGAUCGAUUUGCACCUGAAUUUUUGAAAUCACGACAAAUAGCACUCAACAAGUUUGUUAGUAGGAUUGCAGAUCACCCUGUGAUGUCUUUUAAUGACAACUUCCAUGUCUUCCUUACAGCUAAAACAUGGGUAAGUGUUCUUAAUUCUCUACCUACCUUGAUCUGUUUGUAGUUCUCCCCUUUUCAUUUCCCCACGAAGUGGUUGAGAGAUUUGGUUAUUGUGUCAAUUAAGGUAACACUCCCUAGCAGACAAAUUGUUAACAUUAUUUUUCUGGCUGAUUCAGUAUAACUGCUGCUCUGCCAUGCACUGUUUUUUUUUUAAGAAGAAAAAAAAGAAAAUCAACCAAUCUGCUUUCUGCUAGAUGAUAGUUCUGUGGCAUGACAAGUUUCCAGGUUCAUAUGAAACAAUUUUUUCUUACUAUACGUUUAUUGAUAAAGGCCAUGGGAGCUUAAAAUGUCAGGAGAAUUGUACUAUUGAUAUUAUCUGCACUAUAACCUAUGCGGAAUGUUAGGAUAACACUCGAAAAGUUGGUAAAUCACAACCUGUAGGUGGCAAACCCAUAGAGAGUGCUGUCAAUUGCUUUUAUUAAAUAACUAUUGGUUUACUGGUGCAAUAAAUGAUAGUUUAUUGACCAAUCAGGGUGCUCAUAGUUUCUCAGUUAUUUUAUAAAGCUUUAUAGUGAAUUUUUACUUCUUUUCUUGUUGUAAAUUUAGGAACUAACAUCCGUCAAGAAACAGGGUCCAGGUUUGAUGAGCAGAAUGAGUGAUUCCAUGAAGAACAUGGCAUCUUCGUGGAUGUUGAAAAGUAGAGAGCCUGAAUUUCAAGAAAUGGCAGAUUAUACAAAGGCUUUUAGAGAAAAGAUGCUGGCUGUAGAGGCUGCUUCUGACAAGAUUGCUAAGGAUAGAUUUGGUAAGAUACCAGUGCUUGUUGAUUAGAGUUCAAAGUUUCUCUCAGAGAAUUAAGGUUGCAAUGCUAGGCAACAAAUUUUGGCAAUGCAACAUAGGGGCCAGCAGCAGGAAUAACUCAAGAAAUGUGAGGUGUAGACAUUUUGAGAAAAUCUCCUGGUGUUGAAUUAUCUCUUACUUUUUCGUAGUAGUAUCAAAACACCAAGAUACUAUCCUCUUACAUCCUAACCCUUUGACCUCAAAAAGUGACCAGCAUUUUAUUUCUCCUUACUGUAACACUGCUGAUCAUUCAUUAUGAUCAUGAGAAUAAAGGUUGCUAAAUGAUUGCCAACCUAAGGAGCUAUGAUUGCUAAACAAAUUCUCCAUGUUAUCACCAAAGGAAAUGUAUAGAGAAGAGUAUGGAGAAUGUGGACACUGAUGUCAGGGUGUUAACCCAUUAACUCCCAAGACUUGAUUGUUAAUUCUCUCCUUUAGCUGCUACACAUUUCCUUGUAAAUUGGUUAUGAGAAUUUGGUGUUCAAUCAGGAUAAUAUUGUGUACCUGAUAAGUUUGAGUAUUCUCACUACCUGUUUGUGUGAUAAUGUAUUGAUAUUGUAGGGAGAAGUCACAUGUUAAUCACUUCUGGGAGUUAAAGGGUUUUAAGGGUUAAACAUGUUCUGAUGACAAAUCUGUGAUGUAAUUUACAGAUCUUCUAGAAAUGUACAAAGAGUACAUACCAAUCUUCAAUCUGUGGGCAGAUGCUGAACAUAAGUUAACUGAUCCUUUACAUGCCAUGGCAAGUGCUUUUGACAAGAAUAGCUCUGCUCUGAUAACACUGGUGAGGUUUGCUUGUAAGGUGACAGAUGUUUGUCUAGGGUAAAGCAGAUAAGUUUCUUAAGAAAACUGUGGUACUGCAUCAGUAGUUUAGUAUUUUGGUAUUAUCAGCUGAGUUGAUAGUGUAAAUAGGCUGCCAUUGAGAGUUUCAAAAGCUGACAUUUUAAGGGUUAGCCCUACAUCAGAACGAAUCAAUUUAGGGUACACAAGGUGAAGUGUGGUUUUGGUAUUCCCAAACACAGAAAAAUAAAUAAUUUUAGGCAGCUUUACACAUACCACAAAAACACUUUUCUAAAACCCCAUUGCUUAAACUUUUACUUAUUUGUGAAGGAAAAUUUCACUCCACUUUUAUCCCUCUCCAGCCUCUGUCUGUUUUAAAGUAACUAUCAGCAGAUAAAGAUACUUUUUCAUUACACCAAUUUAUGGAUCAAUGUCAGUAUCUGAGCAACUGCACUCCUACCCCUCCCCUAACCCAACAUUAGCCCAAACUUGGUUGACUGUUUUUGGGUUAGUGGAGGGGUAGGGGUGCAGUUGCUCAGAUACUGACAUUGAUCUUAAUUUACUUAGCUCUAUACCAUUGUAGCAACAUGAAAAAGCUAAGGGUGGUUUACAGGUAUUCCUUAAAAUUUAAAAUAGAUAACGACAGAAACACAGGUGGGGUAUAACUCUUCCUUUCCUGUUUUAAACUGGUAUUUUGUUUUUGCUCAGCUAAAAGCUCAAGACUCCAGAUUUAUGGAACCUAUACAUGAAUAUGUGCUCUACACAGAUGCCAUCAAGGUAAGCUGGUGAAAACCAUUUACAACAGACAAAAUCCUUUCAGCAUCACUGCUGGGCACUCACUGUGAAAUAUUGACUCCAUACAGAGCACCCUUAAACACCGUGAUACCAUUCACAUGGAAUAUGAAGUAACUUUAGAAGAGCUGUCAAGGAAAAAAGCUGAAAAAGAAGAGGUAUGUUGUAUUUUGAAACUCUUUUACCCCUAGAACUUCCAGCACAGAUUGACAUGUAAUUUCUCCUUACGUUAUCAAUACGUUGUCCAUCGAACAGGUAAUGAGAGUAGCCAAGUUGAUCAGCAAGAGGUUUCACGUUGAUACAGUAAUGAAUUCUCUUCACUAAUUGAGAACAAAAUUAUUGCAUUUACAGGGAGAAUUACAAAUCAGAUCUUACAUGUAUGAGUAAAACAGUUAAGUUGGCAGGCGAUCUGUGUUACUAAAAAUCACCUGUACAGACGACGGACAUCAGCGAUCGAUUUGGCAGAUACUAUGAAACAAUUUGACUCAAACACUUUUGUGUUAAUGAAAGAAACUUCAACUUUUCAGCUUGAUAAAGGAACUGGCGGUGGACGUAGUUUUGGCUUCUUUAGUAAAGAUCCAGAGCAGGCGAAACAAGACAAACGAGAAAGAGUGGACUCUAAUAUAGAAGAGGUCAGUGAAUCAGAGAAUGUCAUUUUGGUGUAACAGCCAAUCAAAACCUGCUAAGUUACCCACAAUUCACAACUCUUCAGCUUCAUUUAAACGUUCGUUACUUCUAUUAUGCAAUUAAACUCUAGAUCUGCUUGACGUUGACGACACUGGAACCUAGGGAACAAUUUAGUCCCCAAGUGCAAUCUAGCGAGGACUCUCCUAUGCCUGUUUGUUUUGUUCCUUUUUUUAUUCUUCUCGUUUGAGUAGCUUUAGUUAUUAACAUUUAUUAACAAAGGGGUCCACUGCAAUUGGUCGGGCUGUCGUGGUCUCCCUACCCAAUAAUUUUUAUACAUAUAAGUGUUGUAUUCUAGAUAGGAAAAGCUGAAUAAAUAAGUUAAUUAUUCAUGCAUGAAAAAAUACACCGCUUAAUUAGGAAAAAAAAGUUAAAAUACCGUUUUAUAUAUAUCUACCUCCGAGAAAUCAGAAGUAUUGAUUGGUAUUUCCUAGUGCCGCGGUGUGACAAUAACUUUUGCAUGAAGUGUGAAUAAGAUGUCUACUGAAUGUGCGUGGAAAGCGAAGUCGCUUUGAGAAUCCUCUUUGUAAGUCGCACAUCCACUUUGGCCGCGAAAGUUUUGGUCUUAAGCCGCAUAUCAAAUGUACAUCGCAUAUCAAUUUUUGCCUAUCGUUAUGGCGACAUCUUCUGGUGAGAAGAGGGCUUUGUUUUGCAUUUUCUCUUUUUUGUCGUAAAUCGGCGUUCAAGUAUAAUCUGUGAUAAGCGCGCCAGUCAAAGUGCACAAACACCCCUCAGGUUUAGCCACUAUUUUUGUUGACUCAGAAUUUUGUUUCUGUCAGCUUUCAAAACUCGCCGAGCAGGGAAGUGAUCGACUCGAGUGUGCUAAUGUUGAUCUAAAGGCGGACAUUGAACGGUGGAACAAGAACAAGAGAACAGACUUUAGAGAACUAUUCGCGGAGUAUUCAGAGAGACAUAUUACUUAUUACCAAGAGGUAGGUGGCUAUCCUCUAAUUCAUCGGAUCAGAAAGGCUCGCGUAUCGUCUUAGUCUGGAUAUAGGGUUCAGAGAUGAGCUAAGGAUAGAAGAGAAACACAGCGGUCAAAUGUGUCAGCGGAUGAAGGAGCGUUGUAGAAGCUAGGUGGCGCUGUGUUUAGACAGAUCGUCAUUUCGUAGCAUCGAAAAAUUGAGCGAAAUGUGACAGUCAGGUGGUUGACGCGCUGAAUUCGAGGUCGAAAUGUUCGAAUUUGGGAAUAGCAAAUCUCCAAUAGCAAGGUAAGGGCAUGGUAAGAGUGUGGGGGAUGGGACCUAGGUGCCUGUAACGUCUCUUAUGAAAAAACAGAAAAACAAGAAAACGAAAAAAAGUGCGGUCUUCCGUGGGAAUUUUCUCCUGCCAUUUACCUUGCCUGUUUGUAGCUUGCAAGUGGUACAGCACAUUUGAAAACCUGCUUGAUUAAAACUGGAUCUUAUUGUACAAAGCGCUAGGAGUCAGUCCAGGGACAUGACCUUCGAGUAGUAGUAGCCAUAAAAUGAAAUUAAACUUCGUCUAUUUUCUAUUUAGUGCUUGGCUGCUUGGCAGGAGGCCUUACAAAUUGUGACUGGGAGUCAGCAAGACCAAGAUUUGGAAGAGUCUUAAGAAUUUCUAAGUGAAUCAGAGGAAAAUGGAAAAUGAAUUUAGCUAUGGGAAAUGAUUGGACGAUCACCGUAGUUGGAUUAGAGAGUGCUUGAACCACUUCAGGUCAUAUGCGCAGAAGAUUGCCUCCAUCGAUCUUUCCGUUCUGAUUCAAAUAUUCAGUGCUAUAGGUAGAAUUGUUUUUUUAAAGAGUAAUAUUGAGACAAAUGUUUUCCUUGAUAAAUGAUUUAAUAUUGAAUUCAAUUCAUUUUGUAGGUCGUGUGUAUGUUAGGCUUAAAAAAACAACUAUUCGUUUUCUUUCGUUUUAGGUUGAAGCGAAAUUCAAAUGAAAAAUAUUAUAUAAUUUACAGGACUUGAGUAAGAAAUGAUUAAAAUGAAUUACUAUCGAAGGUCAACUCAGUGUGUACUAUUUUGAACGACGACUGUCCAACGUUUACAAAAUGAACCCAUGAAGUUUGAAAAGACUCCAUUUAACAAACAUAUUUCAUGGUGCCAUGUGUCUGUUCAGUGAUACGUCACAAAUGACGUCAAAAUUUGGUAAGAAUUAAAAUGUGGCGCGCGAGGCGCAGUCUAGUGUGUCACUGAUAUUAUUACCGCAUUUUAACGUCUUCUGAGGUCUGUUACUGUACAUGGAAUCUAUUUGCUUUAUAUAGUAAAGAAGCAAAAAAAUUUAAAUGGUAGCAUCAUCUGUGCGUCUUUCCUCCAAUAGAUUGCAAGAAUUAAUUGAAAUGCGUACGUUAUUCAGCCUAUUGUAUAAACUAGAAUUGAAACUAAAGGAUUCUAUUUCUCCGUACGUAUAAAUUAAGUUAGAAGAAUAUCAGGUCUUGACAACUUCGUUCAUUACCAUUAAUAAACUAUUUUUAAUGAAUCGGUGAAUGUAUCCAUAAUUUGUCGGUUUCAAAGAGAUCUCAGGUCGUCGAGAAAUGAUUGACAUUGCAAAUAAAUGUGUUUGUUUGG